AUGGAGAACUCUAAGUUGAGCAAGAAUGAUACCUCUGUCUUGGCGGCCCUUUUCGAUCCAGAGUCAUCCCUAUCGGGAGUCAUCCACGUCAACAAUCAUCUGCCAAAAAGCUCAGAUACAAGAAGGGUAGAGCUGCUGCAAGAGCGAGAACGACAGGCGCUGAGAUUGAUCAACCAAGAGGCACCGGAACCGAGUCACAUUGAAAAAGCCCUUUCCGAAUUGACAAAUAUCAUCAACGAUGAUUCUUCAUAUGCAUCUGCUUGGAACAACCGGGCACAAGCACGCCGAAUGUUAAUCGACGACGAAAAGCUGAAAACAAACUCGAAGGCGGUCGCAGACAUCUUGCACGAUAUCGCUCAAGCUGUUUCACUUGCAACAACGAGCAAGGAGAUCGACGCCGUUUCAAGACUCGAUGCGAAGGUCCUUGCCUCAGCACACACCCACAGAGGUUACUUGCUCCUUUUGGCCAGCAAGUCGGAAACAUCCCGCAAGAUGCUGGAUGACGUGCCUAGUCUGAGAGGGUUAUCAAGAGACGAGCUGGAAGGAACUGCGAGCCGAGAACUGGCUCUUGGUGGUCGAUAUGGAAAUGAAACUGCUCGACAACUGGCGGUCAAGACUAAUCCGUAUGCGAAAUUGUGUGGUUCGAUCGUGAGGGAGGCGCUAACGAAGGAAAUUUCGGACUUUUACCAACGGCAACCCAGAAUCGUGAGGUAA